AUGUUGCUGCGCGUUGCCUUGAGCGUCCUUCCUCUUAUCGGGACUGCCUUCGCGCAGGGCGGCCAAUACAUCGACGACGAGCUCGGCAUUAGCUUCUUUGGAUACAAAGAGCCGGCGCAUGGCGUGACAUACGGCUUCGUCUUCCCUCCCCUCGAGGACAACACGGAUGAGUUCGUGGGUGAGAUUAUCGCGCCUAUCGAGGCGAAAUGGGCUGGGGUGUCGCCGUUUGGCUCCAUGCUCCACAGUCUGCUGCUCGUGGCGUGGCCCAACGAUAACCGUAUUGUGCGGUCGGUGCGGUAUACGACGACUUAUGCUCAGCCCACCGCGAUGUCCGGUCCUGUGUUGACGGACCUGCAUACGAUCGUCAACGCGACACAUUGGAAGUGGGUGUACCGGUGCCAGAACUGUGUCACAUGGUCGACCGAGAGCGGCCCAAAGAGCAUCCCGAUCAGCGAAUUCGGCGUACCAGCCUGGGCGUACUCCUCCGUUGGUGUCAACGACCCUACCGACCCUCAGAGCACAUUCAACGAGCAUACUGACUUCGGCUUCUUCGGACUGGACUACUCGCUCGCCCAUGUCUCCGCUGCUCAGUAUGUUCUCUGGGCUAAUGGCGGCACAGGAGGCGGCACGCCAACGCAACCCCCGACCACGACGGCUCCUACGGCGACGCCUACAGUCUCGGCUAUUCCAUAUGAUUACAUCGUCGUCGGGACUGGUGCCGGAGGGCUGGUCGUUGCCGAUCGACUGUCGGAAGCUGGGAAGAAGGUCUUGGUGCUGGAGCGUGGAGGACCGAGUCUUGGCUCGGCGGGAGGCACGUACCAACCUGCGUGGUUGCAAGGAACUUCGCUCACGAAGUUCGACGUUCCGGGACUUUUCGAGACGAUGUUCCAGGACAGCAACCCGUUCUGGUGGUGCAAGGAUGUCAACGUCUUUGCCGGCUGUAUCCUUGGAGGGGGGACUGCUAUCAACGGAGCUCUCUACUGGUACCCCCCAGACUCUGAUUUUUCCGUUGCCAAUGGCUGGCCCAAGUCGUGGGCGAAUCACCACCCGUAUACCGCGAAGCUGAAGGCCCGCCUGCCAGCUACGGACCACCCCUCGACGGACGGAAAGCGAUACUUGAUGCAGGUCGCGGAUGUUACGGCUGCCCUGCUUAAUAAGCAGAACUAUGCGAACAUCACGAUUAAUGACGUUCCUGACUGGAAGGAUCAUGUCUAUGGAUACUCUGCGUUCUCAUUCAUCGAUGGAAAGCGUGCAGGGCCCAUCGCGACAUACUACCAAACUGCCAUCAAGCGCCCGAACCUCACUUACAAGCAGUACACGACGGUGCUGAACGUCGUCAGAGACGGAGGCAAGAUUCUCGGUGUGAGGACGAACGACACCUCGCUUGGCCCCGAUGGCGUCAUUCCGCUGACACCUAAAGGACGUGUUGUCCUUGCCGCUGGUGCCUACAGCACCCCAAGGAUCCUGUUCCGCAGUGGGAUUGGCCCUACGGACAUGAUUAACAUCGUGAAGAACGACCCUGCAGCGGGACCUGCUCUUCCUCCGGAGUCUCAAUGGAUCAACCUACCAGUUGGAGACAAUGUCUCUGACAAUCCGUCGAUUAAUCUUGUCUUCACCCACCCUUCAGUUGAUGCGUACGACAAUUGGGCUCAAGUUUGGACAGCCCCAAGACCCUCCGACGCUGCCCAAUACAUCAAGGACCAAUCUGGUAUCUUUGCACACGCCUCACCCAGACUUAACUUCUGGAGAGCUAUGGGCGGCCGCGAUGGCAAGACUCGAUGGCUCCAAGGCACUGCUCGCCCUGGUGCAGCAUCCGUCACCACCUCCUACCCAUACAACGUCAGCAACAUCAUGACGAUCACGACAUACCUCUCGACCGGCAUCACCUCUCGUGGCCGCAUCGGCAUCGACGCCGCGCUCACCGCCCGCCCUCUCGUCGAGCCCUGGUUUACCGACCCCGUCGACAAGGAGGUCUUGAUUCAAGGUAUCAAAGACCUGCUUGUGAACGUCAAGGACGUCCCAGGACUGACACUCAUCACGCCCGACAACACGACGACGAUCGACGACUACGUCAACAGCUACCCGACUGGGGGCCUGAAUUCGAACCAUUGGGUCGGCUCGUGCUCUAUUGGAGCGAAAGGGAGCGCUGUCGUUGACGAAUGGACGAAGGUCUACGGUACCGACAACCUCUUCAUCAUCGACGCCUCGAUUAUCCCCACCAUCCCUAUGGGCAACCCUCAUGGUACCAUCAUGGCUAUGGCUGAGCAGGGUGUUGCGAAGGUUUUGGCCCUUUCUGGUGGUCCUUGA